ACAUAGCCCCACCCCUCCCCUAGCAGAGCAAACCCUAACAUAGCCCAGGCCCCUACCCUCUGCCCCUGGCCAGGGCCAGCCUGUCUCCUGACAAAGAUUUUAUACCGAGGUUGAAGGACUUCAGUCACUCAGCAGAGGUCUGGGGUCUGCGACAGGAGCAGGUGGCCAAGGCUCUGGCCUGUGCAGGGUCAGAUUAGACCAGCGGUGGGCAGCCUGGGCUAGCGAGUGGGCCACAUGAGUAGCCGCCGUCAUCUCAAUGGGCUGCAAGAUUGUUGUAACCAAGACAGUCUGCUGGGAUCGGGUGGUUUUGCUCCCUGUGCUUGCAUACCUAGAUUUUGUGGGGCGUGCUGAAUGAACCGUAUUAGCGCUGGGAUGGGGGGCAGAGGGAGCACACGAUUCUCACGCUGCAUGCAAUCAGCACGCUCCUCCCUUCAUGUGCCCUUUAUCUGUGUUUCACUGUAGUAAUAGUGAAUACAGGGAAAAAAUGAUGUGGACAGAAACCAGCAGAAUCUAGCGACCCUGCGCUUGGGAAAUAGUAACAGAUGUCUUGCAGGCCACAUGUAGAACCCUGAGCAGGCCAUAUUUCUGCUUUAGCUCCCAUUUAGGAGACUUCUCCAACCAACCCCCUGCGCUUCUUAGUGGCGUGACCUGAGGAAACCAGGUUGCUGGCAGAUGCUGUGGCUGUGAAUGUAAACUAUUUGGCAUUUAUUUACCUUUGAGUACAGAAGCCCCCUAGUUAAAAUUUGAAAGCAAAAUUGAUCUUUGAUUCCAAGUUGCAGGUUUAACUAUACCAUUUAUUCCUGAGCACUUCAGUAUUUUUCAGACUGCCAGUUCAGGCUGGAUGUUUCUGAUGACCGUGGCAAGAAGACAGAUGCACCAAACUGACAUUUCAGUAAACCUCUCUUGUAGUUCAAUGAUGCUGGUGGGGAAGUUCAUACAACCAGUGCACGGUUUAAAGAAACUAUCAACCCCCGGUGCAUGCAGGCACUUCUGGGGAUGGCUGAAUGCAGUUUUUAACAAGGUAGACUAUGAACGUAUAAAGGCUGUUGGCCCGGAUAGAGCAGCGUCUGAGUGGCUUCUGCGGUGUGGAGCGCUGGUCCGUUUCCAAGGCUUUGAUAAAUGGCAGCAGGACUACAAUGGUCUCCCAACAGGGCCUUUAGGAAAGUACAAGAUACAAGCAAUCGAUGCCACCGAGUCCUGCAUCAUGUACACAGGAUUUGAUUAUUUGGAUGGCCUCGAGCACGUUGCGGAAAUUAAGCUGAACAAGUGCAUUUAUAUCCAGGAUGAAUGUCUGCAGCGGAUCAGCGAGACUGAGAGUUUACAGAAAAGUCUCCUGCGACUGAUGAUAAUGUCCUGUGGGAAUGUCACAGAUAAAGGCAUCAUCGCACUUCACAAGCUAACGAACCUUGAAUAUUUAUUUCUGAGUGACCUUCCAGGAAUAAGAGAGAAAGAAACUACCGUUCAGAUCCUUAAGAAAUCAAUGCCAUCGCUGGAGCUGGAAUUAGAUUUAGAAUAAAGACAUCUUUACAUAACUCUGAAGUGUCUGAUUCAUUAUCCUGAAAUUAUAUGGAUUAUAGUGUAGUUGCCACUGUGCUUAUAUUUCAUUGUGGAAAAAGAUCUCUUGUCAAUGGUUCUGAAAUUAUUAAAACAAAUUUAAUCUCAAUGAAACA